AUGAGCGCUCCGUACAAACUGAAAUAUUUAAAAUCCGCGGAUGAGUUGAAUCAAAGGGAAACAGAUCACAACAUUUAUAGAAGAAAGGUCUAUCAAACAGUUGGACAAGUAAAGGACACUAUACAAAGCGAUAUGUCAAGGGAACAACAAACUCCUCUUGACCCUAAGAAAAAAGUAGAGACUCCCAACCAGGAAGACACAGACGAUAGCGCAACUUUGGCACCUUCCACAAUAACGUAUUCAAGAAAUAAUGGAUCGUUCACGGUAGAUGACGGAAGCACAGUGCAUAAUGGAGUAGAACCUCAUAUAGAUCCGGCACCUUUGAGGUCUAAUGGUGCAUCACCAAUGGGUGCACAAGAUAAGAUACUUUCUUCACAGUUGAGCCAAUGGAAUUAUAAUCAUAAUAGAAUCAUGUUGAACAGAGGAAUCCUUCACGUUAUAGACAUACUUCAUGAAAUGGAGUUAGAGAAUAGACAACGCCCCAUGCAUGUCUUACAAGAUAAUGAGAAUCAGUUACAUGUGUUAACUUUACAAGUUAAAGUGGAUGGGAAUUAUGGUGGAAGUAAUUUUGAUCUGGAUAAGGAGGCUAUGGCAAAAUUAUUUAAAUCGCAGAUAAUGAAAUCACUAGCUCAUUUGAAAUCAUUGAAGAAAAGAGUGGAUGACGUUUCAUCAAAAGUAUUCAUUACAGGUGAUGUCAAUACCGGAAAAUCUUCAUUUUGUAAUUCGUUAUUGAAAAGGAGAUUACUCCCUGAAGAUCAACUACCAUGUACAAAUGUAUUUUGUGAAAUCUUAGAAGCUAGAGAAAAUUCAAAUAGAGAGGAGGUUCAUGCAAUAUUAUUGAAAAAGGCCCAUUCUGUGAAAGACGCAAAUUCCAUCUAUAACAUAAAGGAUAUAUCAUCUUAUGAAAUCCACAAGUUAGAAGAAUUGAACGAAUUGGUACAAGAAAGUGAAAAAUAUGCUCUACUAAAAAUUUACAUUAAAGAUGACCAGAGACCACCCGAGCAGAGUCUAUUACGAAAUGGAACUGUAGAUAUUUCGUUAAUCGACUCACCUGGCUUGAACAUGGAUUCAAUCCAAACAUCGGAAGUAAUGGCUAGACAAGAAGAAAUUGAUCUGGUCAUAUUUAUCGUUAAUGCAGAAAAUCAAUUGACAUUAUCUGCAAAAGAAUUUAUCACUUUAGCUUCGAGAGAGAAGAAACUGAUGUUUUUCGUAGUGAAAAAAUUUGAUAAGAUCAAAGAUAAGAAAAGAUGUAAGGAGCUAAUACUCAAACAAAUUAAGGACCUUUCUCCUGAGUCAUAUAAGAGUUCCUCCGAAUUUGUUCAUUUCAUUUCUAAUGAUGCUGGAGAUGAUGAUGAACCUAAUAAUGAUAGUGAUCCCUAUGCAGAUGAUGGUCCAGACCCAGAUUUUGACAACUUAGAAAAUUCUUUACGGAACUUUGUUUUGAAAAGAAGAUCGUUAUCUAAACUUCUACCGGCUAAAACAUAUCUUUGUAAGCUAUUAAGCGACGUACAGAAGAUUUCAGAAAAUAAUAUGAACAUUUAUCAAAAGGAGGGAAAAGAAAUUAAAGAUGAUCUAAAAUUAUUAGAGCCCGAAUUAAAGGAAAUUAAGACACGUUGUGACUCUGUUACGGCAACUGUUGAUAAAAUCGUUGAGACCACAUUAAGUUGUACUUAUGAUUAUACGGUUGAAAAAAUUUCAAAUUCUCUAACACUAUCAACAGAUUAUUAUCCAAAAUACGAAGGACUUUCGAGAAUAUACGAAUAUAUUAUAUCAACCGAACACUUUAUGAAAUCACAAAUUAUUGAAAGUCUCCGGUUAAGCGAAGAAUUUGCCAAGAAUAAAACAGAAGGAGCUGUUAAAGAGAUCAAUGAUUUUGGGAAGACGGAAAUGGGUGACGACUUUAUGUCCAAUCGUGUCUUUAAUAAAGACCUAAUGUUUAGUCGUAAACUUCACUCAACUGUUAGAGAGCUAUCAGUGCCGCUUGGAGUUUCUGAUCUUUUUGCUCCAUCCUGGGAAGGUUUCUUUAGUUAUUUGAGCUGGGGUAUUUUUAGCCCAGUGUCUAUCAAGAGUAAAGAUAUUAGCGCAAUAGAGAAUGCUGAUCAAAAUGCUUUGAUGAAAGCUUUCGGACUUAAAGAUUACCCAUUGACACGUUACAUAUAUCAGCCAUCAUUAUUAUUCACAUCAAAACUUCCUACGCUAGCUUUAUAUUCUUUUGGUGGAGCAAGACUUGCUGGGACUGUUAUUAUUAAUGGUCUUUCCACAUUUUCUUGGAAGUCACUAGGUCAGCUAUCUGGAUCUUUAGCUAUUCUCUGUUCACUGCUUGGGGCAGCUUACUUUAUCAAUGACUUACCAAGGGCGUUACCCCAGAAUUUAUCACUGAAAUACAUUGCCAAAUUGAAUGAAUUAAAUUAUAUCAGGAAUAAUGCUGACCGAAUAGCAAAAGAAGUUCGAAACGUUUUAAAUAUUCCAACAAGAGAAAUUCUAAGAUCAUGCGGGUUGGUAAUGGAUAAGAAACAAACAACCAAGAGAGAAAUGGAAAAGAAAUAUGAAGAUAAUAACAUUUCAUUAAAUUUCUUCCGUCAACUAUCCGAUAGGGCAGCAUCACAACGAACGAUUAUUGAAGGAAUAAACGUAUAUGUCGAUUAA